ACGACGCGCGUCACGUGCCGGCGACCGCGACCAAUAGCCGCGCUCGGGCGGCCGCGGGGUGCCGCGGGGGGACGCUGCGGGGGGCGGCACUCUCCGCCGACCGCCAGUACACGAGGAGCACCGCGCGAGACGGACGCACGCCGCGCGCGCUCCCCACUAUACGAGUUUCACCGAAAACCGGUCCGAUGCAUCGUGACAUGUUAUAGUGUGCAGUGACGCCGCUAUGAGUACGUGGACGGAGGACGUGAUGUCCUGGCGGGACGAUAGGCUUGGACUUACCGAACUGAGGGAGCCUACUACUAAUAGAAGAAAACUACGCAGUGCGCCUUACAGACUACAUCGGCCACACUUGCCCGUGCCUCACGUGCCCGAGCCACCGCCGGAGCCUCAGGGAACACACAUCUCAAGGUUGUACCCGGAACUGUUAGCUCUGAUAUUCGAAAGGUUGCCCGUGCGAGACAGAGGCCGCGCGGCACAAGUUUGCCGCGCUUGGAGGGACGCAGCUGAUCGACGGUCCGUGUGGCGCGGAGUUGAGGCCGCGCUGCAUCUCCGCAGGCCGGCGCCCGUGCUGUUCGCGUCGCUGGCCAGGCGAGGCGUGCGCAAGCUGCAGGUGCUGUCGCUGCGCCGCGGCUUACGGGAUGCAGUGGCGGCGCUGCCAGGCCUCGAGUCGCUAUCACUCAGUGGGUGCUACAGCGUAACCGAUGCAGCCCUAGCAAGCGCGUUCGCAGCGGAACUACCAGCACUACGGAGACUAGACCUGUCUCUGUGCAAGCAAGUGACCGACUCAUCACUCGGAAGAAUAGCACAGUCGCUGAAAAACUUGGAAGAGUUAGAACUGGGCGGCUGCUGCAACAUUACAGAUACGGGACUCCUGCUUAUUGCUUGGGGCCUCAGGAAACUGCGGCACUUGAACUUGCGAUCAUGUUGGCACGUAAACGAUGCGGGGAUAGCACAUCUGUGCGGAGGCGGAGAGGCGCGAGGAACUCCAGAGCUCGAGUACUUGGGAUUACAAGACUGCCAAAGGUUGACAGAUGAAGCGUUAAAGCACGCAGCUACAGGUCUUCCUAAACUCAAAUCCAUAAACCUUUCCUUCUGUGUCGCCGUGACAGAUGCGGGCUUGAGGCAUCUAGCUCGACUACCCUAUCUCGAGGAUGUAAACCUACGAGCCUGCGACGGGAUAUCGGACGCGGGGCUGGCGCACCUGGCGGAGAGCGGUAGGCUGCGGUCGCUGGACGUAUCGUUCUGUGAUAAGGUCGGGGAUGAGGCGCUAUCGCACGCGACGCUGGGGCUGUCGGGGCUUCGGUCGCUGUCCCUGAGUGCUUGCCGCCUGACAGACGAGGGCCUGGAGCGGGUCGCCAGGCUAUCACAGCUAGAAACGCUAAAUUUAGGCCAGUGCACGAAGGUCACUGAUAGAGGGCUUCGCGCGCUCGGCGACGGCCUCCUCAAUCUGAGAGCGAUAGACUUGUACGGGUGUACGUGUAUCACUCCGCAAGGCUUGGACCACAUCGUGAAGUUGCCUCGGCUUAGUAUACUUAACCUCGGACUGUGGCAUGUGCGGUGACCACACACACACUAGGUAGUGUCCGUGCGCGCGUGUGUGAGUGCGACGGCCAUGUUGAAGUGAAGGAGCGCCAAGGUUGUAGGUAUACUCUGGACAGUGAAUAAAAGAAUUAACCAAUUUUAAGAUAUUAACUAUCGAAUUAUUAUUUAGGAUAUGGGGGCGGCUUUCUGUUUACAUGUUUCUGUUUUCUGAUCAGUUUGUUGUUUGUUGUGUCAACUUCAUCUGUGUUCAUUGAAAGACAAGUUUUCGUUUAAGUUUCUCGAAGAAAGUUGCCCCAAUACCUAGUCGCAAUGUUGAGCCAGGCCUUUUUGAAUGUUCUCUGUUUUACUUUUGUUCUGCCUUCACUAUACUUUGUUAUUACUUGGUUCUGUUACAUCUUCAACUUUGUUAAUAUCUAAAGUUUUACAAUAUUUAAAAAGGUCUGGUUUAUUAAAAUAAUUUGCUCCAUUAGUUAGGUAGGUAUUUAGCCAUUCUUCAAAUUUAUUAAUGUUUUUAAUUCGAUCUUGUGCGUGAACUUAGGAGCUAUCCAAAUUGUUACAUGUUAGGUUUUUAUAUUUAAUUUUGUGAUGGAAGCAUGGUUUGGGAGAUGUAAAUUGUGUUGUAAUGAAAAGAAAUCUUCCAAAGUGCAUUUAGGUGUGAGUUUUGUUUGUAAAUUCGCAAUGUUUGCUUCGAUUAGCGGCCUAAAGUUCAUUUUUGAUAUAUUUUGAUGCUCAACAUGAAGUCAUCCGCAGAUUUGAUUGAAAAUUAGUUGCCAAAAUGUUGGACUAGGCGUAGAAGUAACGUAAUAAAUAACCAAUCAUGUUUAACUCGAGUACCGGUUUUGUAGACACAAUUAUAGAACAAUAGGUUGCGGUCACCGGUGACCGCUUGGUGUUUGACAGUUUAAACUAAGACGGAAAUCAAUGAGAUCCUUGUUUCUCAAGUAAAAGAACAAGGAAUGAAUAGUUAUAAACAAAAAUCUGUAAGAAAUGAAUGAAGUAAUUGUUUGUGUGAAGUGUUCAGAGAUUGAACCGAAGUAAUGUUAAUACAUUUGUGUGUGACGUAACACAUAGAUGACAGUGAUGUAUACGAACCAUUUAUCAUGUGGCCGAGCUAAGUAUUAUAGAAAAACUUUGAACGGAUAAUGAAAUCAGCUGACAAUAUAUUAUAUUACUUCCUUUCUCUAAACUAUAGCGGAAGACAAUCUAGAAUAUAAACUUGGGAGCAAAGAAUCGGAACCACUAGAAUGUUUUCUUUUUCAUUUCUUGGUAGAUAUGUAGAUGUUUUCCCAAGUAUUUUAUUAAUUGGUAACGUAUGUCCUAUAGAAGGCCAUUUAGUUACCUUUAAAAUGGGAGCAUUUUAUAUAUUUUUUUCUAAUUUUAUGAAGCGUUCGAUAAAAAGAAAAACUACGCUACUGGCUCCGUUUGUUUGCUCUCAAGUUCAGAUUGCAUUAUAUUUCCAAGGGCCUGUUUCACUAUGUCCGGAUAGUCGCUGUGCUACCACGUUUUGAACCCUUUGAGUACCGUCAUUAUACACACAACUAAAGAACAGGUUGCGGUCACCGGUGGCCUCGCGGUGUUUGCCAGUUUAAGAACGUAAUUUGUAUGAACUAUCUGCCACAUAAGUUUAUCAGGUACUUAUAUAGAGAUGGUGAAACAGGCGCUGAAUGUUCCAAGAGUUCGUUUUAGAUACUUAAUGUUGAAAUUGAUACAAUAAUAACUAAAAAUAAGAUGUUUUUAUCUUAUCAUUCCAAUGAAUUACGGAACUUAUUCGUAAAUGCGAUCAAUUUAUAUAUGUUUGGUACAAUGAGCCAAGUUAGUUCGUAUGUAGGUAAGAAAUGAUUGAUUUGUGCAGAGACAGUAGCUUUUGUCGUAUUAAAUAUUAUGUUUUUUAACGAAGCAAUAUCUCGUCUAACUAUUGGCUGGUUUAGUAGUCAACCAAUAGUUGCUGUCUCUGUACUUAAUGUAUAUUUUAACUGCAUACCAAAUAAUUUGGUGACUGUACACACGGCCACACAUCAAUCUAUACAAAACCAGUUUAUCCUGGUGUCGCGUCGCAUCAUCUUUCCGCACAUUUAACGUUCAGUUUAUACUGGUUAUGUAAAGCUCGAUGUGUAGCCGUGUGUAUAUUAAAUAUGUCACAGUUCAACGUAGUCUUACAUCUUGUCUCGGCCACAGAUCGUCCGAACAAUGACUUACACGUUUAGGCUUCCAUGAGAACGAAUAUUUUCUAUUGAAAUAUGUCCCAAUUUUAGGAUAAAUAUCAACGAUGGCUUCCGAUCAAUACAGCCUCCAUUUUGUAUAAUAUUUUUUCAGUGUGCCUCAUUGAGAGGAUUCCUUCGACGCAAUUCUUGGAAUCGCUUCAAUUUAGUCUCCCAAUGUAUAAAGAUCUCGUUUAUACGUAAUUUUUGAUAUUAUUAUUAGUGUUUAAUUGUUUAAGUGACGCGUCCGUAUGAGGUCGAAUUAAAAAAUAUAAAUAUGUACGUUGUAUACUUCAUCGAUACGUUGUUUUUGUACAAAACGAAUGUAAUAUAGGAGAAAAGUGUAUUAAAAGUCAUCGUUUAAGUUACAAAUUA